GGAGAGUGAGAGAGAGAGAGAGAGAGAGGGAGUGAUAAAGUGCAUGAUUGUCGUGUUCGAAGACACGAAUGUAUUGUUUUCCCCACGGAAUAUAUCUGUCAGUCGAUCGAACAACUGACCCUUCAACUUUUGUGUGUGUACACAAAGCAAAGGAAGUGCUGAAUAACCCUAUAAAAAGCAGAGGAGAAAGAAAGAGUACUUGAAGAUCAUCUAGAGGGAAAAAAAGCAGAGGACUUGUACCUUCGAUCUCUCUGUCUAUUUCAGGUACAUAUACACAUAUGGCAUUAUGUAUUCACAAAAAAAUGAUCCAGGCCAGUUCCAAUCCGUACUCGACGUCGAAGGAGCCUUACGUGACGAGCCCGAGCCCGUCUCGGGACUCCAACGGCAGCGAUCAUUCGAUGCCGUCGUCCGUCGUCACUCCGGCCUACACGAGUCCCAUGGACUCCCCUCUCCAUUCGUCCGUCUCGGCCUCCAUGGGGAGUAAUUCGGGCACGUUUAGGCCGUGGAAGCAGCAGCAGCGGUAUCGGGUUGCGGACAAUACGUACUGGCCGGAGUUUACUCCGAUAAGAGAGGAGGGAGAAGAGAGAGAUUACGAGGGUGAUGUGAGUGGCAAUGAAGUGUUUGGUAGGUGUUUGGUUUGGAUCUUGGCGUUGGCUUUGUCUAUCACAGUGUUCUGUCUGAUCGUUUGGGGCGCUAGCAGGCCUUACACGCCUCGGGUUUCUGUCAAGAGUUUGACAGUAAAUAAGUUCGACUUUGGACAAGGAUCCGACCACACAGGCGUCCCAACCAAAUUUCUCACAGUAAACACUUCAGUGGAGAUGAUCAUAUACAACCCUGCUACAUUUUUUGGCAUCCAUUUCAGCUCCUCUUCUGUUCAACUUUUCUAUUCGGAGAUCGUAGUUGCUUCCGGUCAGUUGAAGAAACAUUACCAACCAAGAAAGAGCGAAGAGAUUGUGAAGGUGAAAGUUGAAGGCAAUAAAGUGCCCCUCUAUGGUGCAGGGGCAAGCCUAGCAGCAUUCGACUACAGAUUCUACAGAGUUCCAUUGAGGCUGGAGCUCGACAUCCGGUCGCGAGCCGACGUGAUGGGAAAAUUAGUCAGGACCAAGUACCGGAUCCGCGUAUCUUGUUCUUUGGUUGUGGAUUCCACUCAUUCCAGGAUCGACAAAGCCAUUCGCUUCAAGGAUAAUUCUUGUAGCUAUGAUUGAGGCCCCUAUGUUUGAAUUGAUUGCUUCAUGAGUUAUUGUAGUACAUACAUGGUCCUGAAUAAUUAGGACUGAUAAACGAGCCGAACAGUUGAUUACUCAAGCUUAGUUCGAACACUUACGAGCUUUAUGGUGCAGGGACAAGCAAGCCUAGCGGUAUUCGACGACAGGUUUUACAGAGUUCCAUUGAGGCUAGUUCGAUAUCCGAUCACAAGCCGAUGUUAUGGGAAAAUUAGUCAGGACCAAAUAUCAGAUCCACAUUUGUUGUUCCUGUGGAUUCCAGGAUCAACAAAGCCAUUCGCUUCAAGGAGAAUUUUUGUAGCUAUGAUCAAGGCCUGAGUUUUCAUUGAUUGAAAACUUUUUGCUCACUUUACUAAACUUUUUUCUUCUUGUUUUCCUCUAGCAUUUUUUUUGUUCACAUGUUCUUUUAACAUGUGUAAACAAUUGCGUCGUGAAUUAUUAUACAUAUUGCUAAAUACAUAGAAUGGAUA